AGAGAGGUUUGGGAUUCGGCCCGUGGCUAGUUCGCCGUGUGGUCAGAGUGAAACCGGAAGAGGACCGACACUAAGCCCAGGGGCCGAGAGGAUCAGUCAGCGUCCUGGAGCAGGAGAGUCGAGCGAGGCGUACCAUGACGCAGUGAUAUUUAAUGGACCUGUAUCAGAUUAUAUGAAAGCGUGUGUGUGUUAGAGCAUCAUACAGGAGCGUAAACAUGGUGGAUAACCGCUACGCCACAGCAUUAGUGAUCGGCUCUGUGCUGAGUCUGUUGGCCAGCGUGUACCUCUCUGUGGCUGUCGGUACUCAGCACUGGUACCAGUACCGCAGUCCGCCGCCCAGCAAUGACAUAAACAACGGCUCAGAGCUGCGGGCGCUGAAGGAUGCCUUCGGGAGCGAGGAAGUGAACGAGAUGCAGUACAGUAAGGCUCUGUUACGCCUCAAUGGAUCUCUGGGACUCUGGUGGCGCUGCAUCCUCGUCUCUCAGCCUGACUCUAAGGUGGUGUCUGAAUGCGAGGCCUUCACUUUACCUCAGCAGUUUGAAGUUAAGUACAGACAUCCCAAUAACAGCAGUGAGGAGGAUUUCCUGCGCACAUCUUUGUGGCGAUGUCGCUUCAUCUUCCCGCUGGUGUCUCUCGGCCUGGUGUUUCUGGCGGCGCUGGUGGGAGUGUGUGCAUGUCUCUGUCGCAGCCUCACACCCACCCUGUUCGUAGGAUUAUUGCACCUACUGGCAGGUCUGUGCUCUCUGGCCACGGUGUGCUGUUUCCUGGCAGGACUCGAUCUGCUGCACCAAGUGUUGGAUUGGCAAGAUGGCGUCGUCUCGUCUCUGGGCUGGUCCCUCUACCUGGCCCUGGUCUCCUCCCCACUGCAGAUGAUGGCCGCCGCUCUGUUCAUGUGGGCCGCCAGGAGCCACCGCAAGAACUACACUCGCAUGACUGCUUAUAGGGUGGCGUAAUUCACACACUGACCCCAUGACUAGAGACCUGCAACACAGCAUCCAGUACACCUGAGAAUCAGCCACAUCACAUACACAACACACCUGAGGAGUCGUUUUCGGAAUAACAUGAAGUGUAACCUUGAAGCAUCACCUGAUGAGUCAUCAGAGCAGGAGGAACCUGAGGAACCACCUCAGGAGUCAUCUUAGUAAUCACAUAAAGCCUGAGCUGAGGAUUUACCUUAGUGACAAACUACUGAGGCUUCAGACUGUGUUUUAUAAUCUCCUCAUUACUGCCUUAUUCACCACUAAACACCGUCAUACAGCAGAAUCCAAACGACUCAGUGAACGUUUCCUCAGUGCCACAGAACAUCAUGUGUUCUUCAAUCUCAUCACAGAAUAUCCAAACCUAUUCCUAUACCUUCCAGGAAAGUGUGUAAAAUGUGUUUUUAAACCUGUAAUAUUUAUAUAAUCUUACGGUUAAAAUCUGGGAUUCAUGAUAUCGUUUCAUCUUUUAAAGUCUCGGUGGAUGUUUUUCUGACCCUGAAAAUAAGCUCUGUCCCUUAGAGUCACCCACAGAGCUGAUAAAUUUAUAUAUAACAAUUGGUAAUGGUUUUGUCUCUAGAGUUCCUCGUAGACUCUUUCCUACUAACUGCUGAUGAAACAAAACAAGGUUUUAAUUAUAAACCUUUCAUUUUUAACUUAAAUAACAUGAUGAUGGAAAAUAGCUCAGAAUGUGAACUUUGUGGGAUUAAAAGACAGACAUAAACAGCUAUAUUAUCACAAUAUAAUCUAUCACUCCAUGUGAGGUAGAGCGGACUGGUUCUUCUUAUGCCUCAGUUUUAUUGUUAACGUGAUUUUUCAGUGAAAUGAACUUGACGGUGAGUUUGAAGUGGACUGCAGUUGGGGAUAAUGACCAGUCCAGUAGCCACAUUGGGAUAAAUACUGAGCUGAAUUGUUCAUUUCCUGUGUUGAUUGUUGUGAAGUUGUAAUCCACUUGAUUACAGUAUAUUCAAUAAAGUCUGUAAUUACAGUGUGAACAUGUCUGUAUACGUCUACAGUAACAUGAAUUUUUUUAAAGAGGUGCUUUAUAACCA